AUGCUACCCCAGCGCACCUUCCCCCUCUUUGCGGGCCUCCUAGGCCUUGCGUCGGCUCAGGUCCUUUAUGAUUUCCAGGUCGCGGAGCCAGCUCCUGUUCCCACGGGUGAUGCUCAGACGUGCACCGUGAAGAUCCUCGAGCGCACGUUCGGUGACUCUUAUGGAGACCCGGAAAUUGUCCAGUACACGCCUCCGACGGAUUGCGGUGAUGCUGGUUCAUGGGCAGGCAUCACUCUCAAUCUCACUGUCACCUCCAAUGGUACCCAGUACGACCGUCUGGGCAUUUUCACGUUCCAGAACACCGAAAUCUGGCGUACCUCGACGCCUGAGCCUACUCCCGACGGUAUAUUCUGGACGUACACGAAGGAUGUCACGCGUUAUACACCACUCUUCAAGGAACCUGGCACCUUUAUUCUUGAACUGGACAAUGAGUUGAGCACGGGUCUGACCGGGCAAUAUGCUACCACUGUGUAUGCUACGUUCUAUGCGGCCACAGCCCAGUAUACAACAGCCCCCCAGUCCAAUUUGAUUGUUCCCAUCUCUACGUUGAGCAACACGUCCGCGGAUGACGCAUCUGUGCCUCCUGUGUUCUCGACCAACAUCACGCUCCCGAAGAACACCGUGGAGAUCUAUGCUGAGCUGUACGCGUCUGGGAACGGAAACGAGGAGUUCUGGUACACCAACACUGCGAAUGCGUAUUUGGGCGAUCUCCCUGCUGACACCACAUACGGCGAUGGGCCGUUCCGCGAAGUUCGUCUUCUCGUCGACGGUCAAGUUGCUGGAGUGGCGUUCCCUUACGCUGUCAUCUUUACUGGAGGCAUCAACCCUUCGUGCUGGCAACCCAUCACAUCGUACGGCGCGAUCGAUCUGCCCACAUACUUCCUCGACCUGACGCCCUUCGUCCCCGUCUUCGCCGACGGGCUCCCGCACAACGUCUCGCUCGACGUCGCGUCUGCCGAAUCGAACCACACGAUCAAUGCCAACUGGUACGUAUCCGGUCUCCUGCAGGUCGUGACGGACCCGUCGGGCCAGCCGACGACGGGCAACAUUACGGCGUACGACGUGCAGCCGUACGCGGUCGCGCACACGGACGGGAGCGUCGGCGCGAACGGCGACGUGACCGUGACGGUGGCCGCGACGCGGUCGGUCAGGAUCGAGUCGACGAUCGUGAGCGGGAGCGGGGACACGACGGCGGUGGUGUGGGCGCAGGACCUCGAGUUCUCGAACACGCAGUAUUACCUCGACAAUGCGACUACGCAGAACAUCGUGCAGACCGGCCAGGGCACCGUGCUGUCGACGCACAACGGCAAGACGGUCGUGUCGGACAAGUUUGAGUACCCGCUCGCUAUCAACGUCACGUACUUCAACAUCACGAACACCUCCGAGUCCUUCUACUCUGCCUUCGACCACUCAUACAACCGCCAGGUCUCCCCGGCCCCAUUCAUCCUCGGGUCGACCAUCAACAACCACCAGACGGCCACGGGCUACUUCACCAUCGCCGCGAACGGCAACUCGGGAAAUGGCACGAACAACAACACCUUUAGCUACGCCGACACCGCCGGAAACACGUACGACCGCACCGUCGACGCCGCCUACCUCAACAUCACGUACGACCAGCAGGGCGGUUCGCUCGCUCCGGGCGCGGUGGCCCUCCUGGACUCCGUCGGCGGCAUCGCGCCCGUGGUGCAGAAUGUCCCGAUGCCCAGGCUGCCGCUCGUAAAGGCCAAAGCCGCGGGGUUGGGCCUCUGA